UGGCUGAUCAGGGGCUCAUUAAUAAUAAAACUCCCAGCCCGAUCGCUGUGAUCAAUAAUAACUGAUCAUCUGUUUCAGCUCAAAACAUGCAGGAUGAUUUACUGAUGGACAAAAGCAAAGCUCAGCCUCACCAGCACCAAGAGCCGUCAAAUACAGAGCCUCCAUCCACCCCGACCCCCUCCGAGCCUCCGGUCCCGGACGAGCACAACCACGUCGGUCACAACGAGCGGGUCGCCAUGGAGUCUCCGGUGUUACCGGGUUUGGGUUUCCCUCAGGAUUCCUCUCUGUCGCCGUCGUUCGGCAGCACUUGGUCCACCAACGCCGUAGACGAAGGCUUUUUCCAAGGGAUUCCGUCGGUAAACGGGACGAUGCUUUUUCAAAACUUUCCCCAUCACGUCAACCCGGCUUUCGGAGGUAAUUUUCCCCCGCAGAUGAGAAGGGCUCCGCUGAGUGUGAACCAGAGGAACCCCUACAGCCACCAGACGCUCAUCAAUAAAGUGUCCGCGUCGUCCGCUUCUUCGUCCGCCUGGAAUAACCACCAGAACGCGGUGUGGAGCUCCGCGGCGAACCCCUGGAGCGGCAGAGACCCGCGGAGAGCGCUCGGGCUCGGCGUCCCGUCUCCGCUCAACCCCAUCUCCCCGACGAAGAAGCCCUUCCCGAGCAAUGUCAUCGCGCCCCCGAAAUACCAGAGACCAGGAGCCCUGCAGAAACCCUGGAUGAUCUCCGAGCCUCCGGAGCCCUUCAGAACCGACAACAGCAACAACAUGCUGCCAUUUCAGGAAAGGAAUCGCCCUUUUGACCCAUUCAACUUGCAAACUUUGGAGAAUUCCUUAAUGGAUAUGAUUGGGACAAACCAUGACAAAGGUCGCAUGGGUCUCAACUUUCACCAUCCAGUAGCUGAACAUAUAUUACCACUGAACUCCAGGAGCUAUGGUCGCAGAAGAGGUCGCUCUUCACUGUUUCCUUUCGAGGACGGCUUCCUGGACGACGGUCACGGUGAUCAGCGGCUGACCCCUGGCCUGAGCUCGCCCAGCCGCUGUCAGAACGGAGAGAGGAUUGAGCGCUACUCCAGGAAGGUGUUUGUCGGAGGACUGCCACCAGACAUCGAUGAAGAUGAGAUCACCAACAGUUUCCGUCGCUACGGUCACCUGGUGGUGGACUGGCCUCAUAAAGCAGAAAGCAAAUCCUAUUUUCCCCCCAAAGGUAAUGACAUUGACAUCAUCUCUCCUGCAGCACUUCAGUACAGCUGCAGAUGUUUAACAGCUCAAGUUUUUCGUUCUCAGGUCCAGAUUCGCCCGUGGAACCUGAGUGACAGUGAUUUUGUGAUGGAUGGCUCUCAGCCUCUCGACCCACGCAAGACCAUUUUUGUGGGAGGCGUUCCACGACCUCUACGUGCAGUGGAGCUGGCUAUGAUCAUGGACAGACUGUAUGGAGGUGUGUGUUACGCCGGCAUUGACACUGACCCAGAACUCAAAUACCCUAAAGGUGCGGGCCGAGUGGCCUUCUCUAAUCAGCAGAGCUACAUCGCUGCCAUCAGCGCCAGAUUUGUCCAGCUGCAGCAUAAUGACAUUGACAAACGGGUGGAGGUGAAGCCGUACGUGCUGGACGAUCAGAUGUGCGAUGAAUGUCAGGGCGCUCGCUGCGGAGGAAAGUUCGCCCCUUUUUUCUGUGCCAACGUCACCUGUCUGCAGUAUUACUGCGAGUACUGCUGGGCGAGCAUCCACUCGCGCGCCGGCCGAGAGUUCCACAAACCGCUGGUGAAGGAGGGCGGAGAUCGACCUCGGCAUGUGUCCUUCCACUGGAGCUGAUGGCAAGCGGCACAGCACCCUCUCCACCCACCCACCACCUUCAACACCACGACCAGUGACCGCACACGGAUCUCAUUCUUUGUUUUAGAAAACAAAUAUCAUAGUAUCUCUGUCCACUAUAUUCUCUGCUUACAAACACUUAGGAAAAUAUGAAUUUUGAGUCUGCGUGCUCAAACGUUGCACUUUGGCACAAACAGUCGAUGUUAACGCUUGUCAGGAUGUCGUGCUUUAAUUCUCUCAUUAUCCUUCGUUUGAUCGCUUUAGUGCUCCAUGUAGGUAACAUUAGGCAGUGUGAGACUAUAUAUAUAAUAUAUACAGUACAUUUACAAAAAGGAUAUAUUUAUCUAUAUACACAUAGAUAAUACAUUUUGGGUGUCAGACGUUUUAAAGAAGCAUGCACUUAUUGUGAAAACCAGAGUGGUAGGAAAUUCCCCCCUAGAUGAUGACAAAAAAAGUUACCAAAGGUAAAAUGAAUUCAUUACGAAAAUCAUGUUUAAGUGAGCUGUUAAAAAAAAACUAAAAACUUGAGUUAUUAAGAGUAAAACGCCAUUUGCUCUCCAUGUUGAAAUGAAUAGUAAUACCUCAUGCAUGCAUCUCUUUCUGUUCGCUUCGGUUUUUUAGGCUUAAUUUUUUACAAGUUUUUAGUAUUAUCUACAUGUAAUGCUGCAAUAGCUUUUGCUGCUAAAUCCAUGGUAUGAGUCCAUACCGUCAUACUUUAUUCAGGCGAACGAGCGCUCCGAAGGGUCUCUCUGAAACGGCAUGUCAAAUGAGUCUGCGAUGCAUGCUGUAAAAUCAGGUCUCGCUUUCAUUUCCCCCACGAUGGGUGAGCGAUAUGGAGCACUAUGGAAGCUUAUUUCCUCCACAGAAUCAAAAAUAAAAAUUGCAUCUUUUUAUCUCACAAAUCUGACUUGUGAGGGGAAAAAUUGACUAAUUCAGAAUCGCGAGCGGGGAAAAGUUUGAAUUCUGAGAUAUAAACUCGCAAUUACGAGGAUAAAAAGUCCGCAUCGCUAGAUAAAAAGUUUUACUUUUUUU